AUGUCCAGUCUACCACUGCGCUUCAUCCCAGUGACGACAACAUUCAUAGACACUACUCUCGAGGCAGAUUUCCUCACGGACGCCAUCGCCGACAUCAUCGCUUCUCAACCUGAGAUCUCCUACGUGGGACUAAAUAUGCCUGUCGACAACAAAGGGGAACCCUUCGAAUAUAUCUCUAUCACGACCCUACACGCGACCUCUGAAGCCAUCGUCCAGCUACUGAGCCGACCGUAUGGCUUCAACCGCCGUCUGGUCUACCCAAUGCCACAUCCGUAUGGCGCAAUCGGGGAGGCACGCCCGGCAGAUAGACUGCCCAUCAACACCGGCCCCCGGCCAGACGCGCUGUUGAAGCAGAAGAAAACCAAGAAGCGGAUGGUGUAG